AGUUGAUGGGGGCGCUCGUUCCUAUUCUGAAACUUAGACCGACGAAGAAGAAAAUCACCGGAAACUUUUAUGUGAGCACGCGGUGUGUCCGGCCUUUCCAACGAGGCGUCGAACAGGAACAUGGCCAAGAUCAAGGCACGAGAUCUGAGGGGUAAGAAGAAGGAAGAGCUGCUGAAGCAGCUGGAUGACCUCAAGAAUGAACUAUCUCAGCUACGUGUGGCCAAGGUCACUGGAGGAGCUGCUUCCAAGCUCUCAAAGAUCCGCGUUGUCCGCAAGUCCAUCGCUAGAGUCCUGACUGUCAUCAACCAGACGCAGAAGGAGAAUCUGAGGAAGUUCUACAAGGUGAGAGCAGCUGCAGCAGCAGAAUAUUUAAAAUAGCUGCAUGAUUAUUUAUACACGUUUCAACCGACUUGGUACUGAGGCUUUUCCUGUGGUUUGCUUGUCUGAGAAGAUGCUUACUAAGCUGAAGUUUGCUGAUGCAUUCACAAAAGCUUGCCAAAAGACUGAGACUUGAUAACCAGGAAGUUCCGAAAAGCACCAACUGUUGUCACUGACUGCAACACUUCAUAUGACCAGAAACAUUUGUCGGUUCUGUGCCUUUAUUACAGUGAUGCUAGAGGAGAAGUAAACACUGUUUAUUAAUCAUGUUGAAGAUGAAACCAGUACUUAGGCAAAAAAAAAGUCAGUCUAAUUCAAUGUUCCCUCUAAUUUUUCAUGUAUCUGGGCAUACACACAAGCUCCCUGAGCAAACUGAGGACUACUGUGAGCAACAUCAGAUAUGCGCGCUUUAUUUUUAAAUAAGUAAUUUGGUCCAC